AUUUAGUAUUAUGUAUAGUACCUGGCGAUCUGCGACAGGUUUUACACAGUAUUUUUUACCAUCGUCAGGGAAAGACACCGUUAUUUUCAUACUUGAAAAGUCUAAAUAAUAUUUUUUCAUCGUGCACGUGGGCGCCCCAUCCCUGCCAACCUAAGUCGCAGACUAGGCGCUUCUCCGCCAUUCCACCAGAACCUUAUCCAUCAUUGCAAACGCAAACGCGAAUCUGCAAACGAUAAAUUGAAGUGGAAUUUUAUAACGUGUUUUAGCGAUGGCCGCCUCCGCCAAGCUGUACCCCAACUACGACGCCAGCGUGUGGCUGCGCUCCUGCGAGCAGGAGGUCACCGAGCCUCUCGACGGAGAAAUAACAGGCGAGCUGCCGGCAUGGCUGCGCGGAACCUUGCUGCGCAACGGGCCGGGCUCGCUGAAGGUCGGUGACAUGCGCUUCAAGCACAUCUUCGACGGCUCCGCGCUGAUGCACCGGUUCGCGAUCCAUGAGGGAAGCGUGACGUACCAGUGCCGCUUCCUGCAGUCCAGCACAUACAAGCGCAACCAGGCGGCGCAGCGCAUCGUGGUCCGUGAGUUCGGCACCAAGGCCGUCCCCGACCCCUGCCAUACCAUAUUCGACAGAGUCGCAUCGGUGUUCAAGCCAGACGAGACAAUCACCGACAACGCUAUGAUAUCGCUGUACCCCUUCGGCGACGAGAUAUACGCUUUCACGGAGGCACCGGCCAUUCACAGAAUAGACCCAGUGACCCUGGACACGAUGGAGCGCAAAAACAUGAUGGACUCCUUAGCGUUUGUAUGCCACACCGCCCACCCGCACGUUAUGCCCAACGGCGACGUGUACAACUUGGGCAUGUCGGUGGUGAAGGGCCGCGUCCAGCACGUCGUGGUCGAGUUCCCUUUCACGGAGAAGGGCGACAUGUUCGCGCGCGCGCGCGUGGUGGGCAGCCUGCGCCCGCGCUGGCCGCUGCACCCCGCCUACAUGCACACCUUCGGCAUCACGGCGAACUACUUCGUGAUCGUGGAACAGCCGCUGGCGGUGUCGCUGUACGGCGUGCUGCGGAGCCAGGUGUCCGGCGCGCCGCUCGGCGACAGCCUGCACUGGUACCCCGACCAGGACACGCACAUCGUGCUGAUCAGCCGCAGCACGGGCCAGGAGCUGCGGCGCUACUGCACGGAGCCGCUGUUCUUCCUGCACAUCAUCAACGCCUUCGAGCGCGACGGCACGCUCGUGCUGGACCUCUGCGCCUACAAGGACGCCAAGGCCAUCGACGCCAUGUACGUCCAGGCCGUCGAGAACAUGCAGAGCAACGCAGACUACGCGGAGUGGUUCCGCGGGCGGCCCCAGCGGCUGGAGCUGCCUCUGGACGCGACGACGCCGGCGCGGGUGGCCGCCCGCCCGCUGGCCGCGCUCGGCUGCGAGACGCCGCGCAUACACUACGACGCCUUCAACGGUCGUCCAUAUCGCUAUUUUUAUGCCAUCAGUUCAGAUGUUGAUGGGGAAAAUCCUGGUGCGGUGAUCAAGGUGGACACGUGGACGGGCGCCACGCUGACGUGGAGCAGCGCCGACUGCUACCCCAGCGAGCCCGUGUUCGUGCCCGCGCCCGACGCCAAGAGCGAGGACGACGGCGUGCUGCUGAGCGCGCUGGUGUACGGGCGCGACGCGCGGCGCGUGGCGCUGCUGGUGCUGUGCGCGCGCUCGCUGCGGCGCCGCGCGCUCGCCGCCUUCCGCACGCCCUCGCCCGCGCCCAAGUGCCUGCACGGCUGGUUCCUGCCGCACGCUCCACAGGCCUAAGGCGCUGCUGGUGCUGUGCGCGCGCUCGCUGCGGCGCCGCGCGCUCGCCGCCUUCCGCACGCCCUCGCCCGCGCCCAAGUGCCUGCACGGCUGGUUCCUGCCGCACGCUCCACAGGCCUAAGGCGCUGCUGGUGCUGUGCGCGCGCUCGCUGCGGCGCCGCGCGCUCGCCGCCUUCCGCACGCCCUCGCCCGCGCCCAAGUGCCUGCACGGCUGGUUCCUGCCGCACGCUCCACAGGUCUAAAGUCUGGUCCGUGAGCACGUAGAAUCCCGUCCAAUGACCCCA